GAAGCGUUAAGAGUAGAGCGAUGACAUGCAGGGGAGGGAACACAUGAACAACUACAGCACCUGAGAACUCAUGAGUAAUACUCAACCCUGAGAGGUGACACAUGCCAGCUAAAAGAGGAGAAGCCUGAUUCUGCACAUUACAAAUUUUACACAGGAUAUGUGAACAUGGAAGGAUGGUGAAACUACCUCCUCAGGACUGUCAGACCCAACACACAGAGAUAUGAAGGAACCAAAAGGUACAAGAAAUGACUACGUUGACUAAUGUGGAUGGUGACAGGAGUUGGCUCAUUAUAGGGUAGGACCUGCUCCUGAAGACACUGCAGGCAUGUCAGAUUCCCAAGAGCAGAGCCUCGAUGAGAAUGUGGUAUUUUUACCUGUGAAAGAGUCCUCACCAGAGUUUCUGUACUGUGAGACUGAGCGACAGGCUUUGGAGAAGCUCCUGAGUUCAGGUCCGGAGGCCUUCUACGGCUCCAUCAGCUCAGAGCGCUCCGGCUGCUUCUUAUCUCCUGAGGAGGUGGGUCAGAUAACCAGCUGGGCCGAGGACUACCACCUGAGUCCACUGCAAAAACAGGAGAAUGGAGACCAAGGGGGAUCAGAGAUGGAGGACUUCUCCACUUACUUCCCUUCUCUCUCAGACCUACCAGCCCCAAACUUGGAGCUGGGCUGGCCUGAGAAAAGCCCCUGGGCCACAAAGGCUAAUGUUACAGUUCACACCAAUCCUCCAGCUGAAGGGGAGCCUCCUGUCAGAGAAGUCAUCCGACGACACCUGCAGAAGGCCUGCCAAGUAAUUGCCAUUGUGACAGACAGACUGACAGAUGGGGCAGUGAUUGGUGACUUAUGCGGUGCAGCCUCUCGGGGCGUUCCGGUUUACAUCAUCCUGAGCCAAAGGUCCAUUCAGGAGAACUUCACUCUCAACAGGCUCAGGCAUCCGAACAUGCAGGUUCGUGUUCUUGGAGGGAAGAGUUUCUGCUCAAGGUCUGGAAGAGUGGUGGUUGGAGAACUGAAAGAAAAGUUCCUUCUGGUUGAUUUGGAGACAGUCAUCCAUGGCAGCUACAGCCUCACGUGGACAGACGCCCACCUGCACCGACAGCUCGUCACUGUCCUCACCGGCCCCGUCGUAGACUCAUUCGAUCGGGAGUUCAGGAUCCUUUUUGCGGCUUCACUUCCUGUCCCAGACACAUGGAGGCCUGUUUGUACCUAUAGGACCCACCUGAACGACUAUUCAGAUGUGACUUUACCAAACCAUCUGCCGUUAGAGUCUGAGGUUACAAACCCCCCAUCCCCACCUGCUGAUUCCCUCCUGGACUGGGAAGAAAUGGGUGUUUUCCCAAAAGAGUCCUUGUUUCUGGACAAUCCUCCUGAGCUCCAUGAGGACAUCAUGGCCAUGCAAAUACCUCUGCAGAAUAACAUGCAGUUGGAUAAUCACCACACACCUAUGGGUGGUUUCUCUGAGAGUAGAAACCAAUUUUUGGACACCAAGAGGAUACAUGAGCACAAUUCUCCAGUCAUGAACAAUCUGCCUCAUUUAUCGCCAACUCACGGCAACACACAGUCCUUCCUGACAGACUCAUCAAACCCUGAAAAAACAAAAAGGUUGGAACACAAAACAGACAAACCCCUUUCCAGACAACCCUUCACAAAUUCAGACUACAGAUUAACAAGACACGUGGAUAAUGAACCAGAACCAGUGCACCGCAUGGAAACACUUUCUCCUACCAAGACAAGACUUUUAACCAGGGAAAACGUUCUGGAGGAGGAGACCAACAGCACAGAUGAACCUAAAUUUCAAGUGGAGAACAAACCAUCUUCUAGAAAACCGAUCAUCUUGAGGGUGCCACAGACUGAGAACGUGGGCUCUCUGAGUGACAUACUGAAGAGGAUACGGCAGAAGAGCGCUUCAGGAUUCAAAGAAUCAAAGGCUGCUGUGUCAGAGAUGAGCCAGUCGAUGUUAGACCUGAGCGUUCACAACAAGGACACAGACCGAGAUGGGAAAGAAGUCCCGGUACCGAGAUUUAGAGCCGAUAGCUUUGAUGUCGGACUAAUGACGCCUGCUUUAGCCCUGAUGAAGAAGAGAAAUGAUAACAUUAAAAAUGCGCUGUACAGACCUCUAGUAAACUUUCAGCCCAGAGAAAGGCCUCGCAGUUAUGCCUUCGGUGCAGAGUGGACAGAGUGGAGGAAGCCCCGUACGAAAACAGAAGGAGAAAAGGAGGAGAGGAGUGACAUGGAAAAUUAAUCUACAAAUGUAUUGUGUAACAGAGGCAGCUGCUCACAGUGAAUAUCCACGACCUCUGAAGUGUUAACUGCUGAAACUGAG